UAGAACCUCUUCCUACAGUAAUCUUUCUUAGCACCAACAAAUCAUGAACACAUAUUAGUGAAUGCAUAUCUACCUAAAGAAGAGAAGUCAGGAAAGUAAGUUAGACGAAUACUAAUCAGAUAACUGUCUCUGCACUAAUGCUAAGAAUAGCAAAGUUUUCUCUCUCUCUUACAUAAGGACUUGUGGUCUAACUAAGAAUCAGAAAGAGUAACAACCCAUUUCUAUUAUUAGUUCUAGUGGAAGCAAUCAAUCGCAUGCAUCUAUAAAUAUGAAUAGUCAGGCAUAGUAAGGGAAUAACUUAACCAUCAUCUACCAACGAACAUAAGAAAGAAAGAAGCAAAGAUGGCAGCAUACCUGACGAACAGAGUUUUAAUGUCUUCUCUGAUGUUUUUUGUAAUGACUGGUUCUUUGAACGCACAAGUGGCAGACAUAAAAGCGAUAUGUGGAAAAGCGAAAAACCAAUCCUUCUGUACGAGCUACAUGAAAUCCAACCCAAAGACCUCAGGUGCUGAUCUUCAAACGCUUGCAAAUAUCACAUUUGGUUCUGCACAAACAAGUGCAUCAGAAGGUUUCAGGAAAAUUCAAUCUCUAGUCAAGACAGCAACCAACCCCACUAUGAAGAAAGCAUACACCUCAUGUGUACAACAUUAUAAGAGUGCAAUAAGCAGUCUCAAUGAUGCUAAGCAGAGCCUGGCGUCAGGCGAUGGCAAAGGGUUGAACAUUAAGGUUUCAGCAGCUAUGGAAGGACCUUCAACAUGUGAACAAGACAUGGCGGAUUUCAAAGUUGAUCCUUCAGCUGUGAAGAACAGUGGUGAUUUUCAGAAUAUUUGUGGCAUUGUACUUGUCAUCUCAAACAUGAUGUGA